AUGGACGAAGAAGUCAAGAACAGCGGCAUGCACUCCAAAAGCGACCACAAACCAGCAGAGGCCUCUGCCUCCCAGACAGAUCCUUCUUCCCAAAGCUCUAUUUGCGAUGAGCUACGAGAACCUUCGAUCCCUCCAGCUCGCUUUUGGGUUUUGUGUGUUGGUGUCUUUCUAGGUCUCUUUCUAUCUAUGAUCGAUACAUCUAUCGUUGCUACCAGCCUUCACAGCAUCGGUGUCGAUUUUGAAGUUUUAGAAGAUGUCAACUGGGUUGCUCUCGCCUAUACACUGGCCUAUCUGGGAUGUGCCAUCGUCUUUGCCCGUAUAUCCGACAUCGUUGGACGCCGUGAUGCCUUCAUUGCAGCCUACAUAAUAUUUUUCGUGUUUUCUUUGGCGUGUGGUUUUGCUCAGACUCUCAACCAACUCAUUGCUUUUCGUGCCUUGCAGGGUGUUGGCGGCUCAGGCCUAUACGCUCUUACUAUGAUCAUGAUGCCAGAGUUGAGUCCCGACAAUCUAAAGCAGCACAUGGCGGCCAUGGUUGGCUUGGUCAUUACCGUUUCAGGGGUUCUUGGACCUGUUCUCGGUGGUAUCCUGACACACUACGCUUCUUGGCGAUGGGUGUUCUGGAUCAACGGACCGAUUGGAUUUGUAUCUCUUGUAAUUUUCAUAUUUUCCUGGCCCAAAGCUGAGUACCUACCGUCUCAACAACGACGUGCUUGGAAGGAGCUCGACUUUUUGGGAUCAUUCCUCGCUAUCGCCGCCGCAGUACUUAUUGUCUUCUCUUUCCAGAAUGCUGGGACUGAGCCAUCUAAUGAAGGAUGGAAGACUGCCAUCUUCAUUGCGCCUCUGAUUUGUGGCCUGCUUGCUUGUGGGCUACUGGUGUCUUGGCAGCUCUUUAUUCAACAUCGAUGGCACGAUCGAUUUGUUCCCGCGUUUCCAGUCAAUAUCUUUCGAAGCAGAGUCUACUCAACUGCAGUCGUCAACACGCUUCUGAACGGCUUCCCCUACUUGCUACUCAUCUACGUAAUCCCGCUUCGCUUCCAGGUUGUUAGCAGCAAGUCGUCCCUCAUUUCUGGCGUCAUGCUGCUUCCUAUGCUUGGAUCUUCCGCCAUCGGAAGUGUAGUAGCAGGAAAGAUCAACAACACAAAGAACUACACUUUUGAGUCGCUGUUAGUUGGCUCUUGUUUCAUGACGCUCGGCUGCGGACUGCUUGCUUCCCUGUCACAUGAGUCAGAAGAUGCUAAAUUGCUCGGCUACAUGACAUUCUGCGGACUUGGUUUUGGGCUGACUGUCGCCUCAUCGACCAUGCUGUCAAUGGUGGAAGUGCCUAUUCGGGAUUACGCCCCUGCACAAGGCAUCCUAUCCCAGGUACGACUCUUGGGCGGCAGUUUAGGUAUUGCAACUUCAUCGGCUUUACUCAACGAGAAGAGCUCUAAAUACCUUGCCAGUAUUCUGACUCCGUACGAGCAGGCGACAAUCGGCAGCUCCAACACUCCACUUUCCAAAGAACAGUGGUCGGCUGUCCGUUUUACCUACGCCGAUGCAUUCAAGGUAGAAAUGAAGGUGGCAACUGCUGUUGCAGCCUGUUCUGUUAUCUCUGCAUUUGGUGCUUUUCGCAGGCAGCGCCUUUUGGUUGCCGAACAACGAGCUGCGAUUGUGGCACAAGAGGCCACUCGUCGUCGUGAUCAAGCUAAAUAG